AUUCCAAACAUGUCAAACUUUGGAGUUUGGAAAGCUGUCGUCCCGUUGGGACCCGCCGCCCCCCCUCUCUCUCUCUUCACGAGAUUCUAGGCGCCUUGAACUGAGGGCUCACUACUACUGGUACACUGUAGUAGCAGCGCUGUAGUGUAAGCAUCCAUCAGAUCUUUCUUUCUCUCCUUCCCCAGGCCCAAAUUUCUGCUCUGCAAAUUUCUGCUACUCGAUCGAUCCCCUUAUGAACAGGAAGAAGCUGAAGAAGAACCCCUAAAAAGAUAUGGUUUACUCCCUCUCCGGCCUCCGGUUGCCCGCCGCUCCGUCGGUGUUGAAGCAUCAUCAUCAUCACUCGUCCAGCUCCCCCGCUGAUCCGAGGAAUGCCAAUCCUAGUAUCUUCCUUAAUAAAAAGAUGUCUUUUUCCCGGAAGAUCUUUGCUGGAAAAUCUUCGUACAAUCCCGAAUCGUCUUUCUCUACAGUUGCAGCAUCAGAGAAGGUCCUUGUUCCUGGUGACCCGAGCGAGGGAUCAUCAUUUUCAGAAGAUACCCAAGUAUCGGCUGAUGUGAGUAGCGUGGAGACUGAAGGGGGCAGAAACAGUGAAAGCAAUAUGAAUUAUGCCGAAGCAACAAGUGACUCUAAAGAAAGUGUUCAAGAGCAGGGCUUUGCUUCUACACUCCAAUCUGAAGAACAUGAUGAGGUGAAGGCUUCCCAAACAGAAAAUACUUCAGAUGACAUCUCUAUUGAGUCUGAAAUGACAAAAAAGAUGGUCAUUCCCCCUCCUGGAAUCGGCCAGAGGAUUUAUGAGAUAGACCCUCUCUUGAGAAAUUACCGCAACCAUCUUGAUUAUAGGUUUUCACUCUAUAGGAAAUUGCGGGAAACAAUUGACCAGCAUGAGGGUGGAUUGGAAGCAUUCUCUCGUGGCUAUGAGAAAUUAGGUUUCACUAGGAGUCCUACAGGUAUCACCUAUCGGGAGUGGGCUCCGGGAGCCACGUGGGCAGCACUCAUUGGAGAUUUCAACAACUGGAAUCCAAAUGCUGAUGUCAUGACUAGGAAUGAGUUUGGUGUUUGGGAGAUCUUUUUGCCAAACAAUGCAGACGGAUCGCCGGCAAUUCCACAUGGAUCCAGAGUGAAGAUACGCAUGGACACUCCGUCAGGCAUUAAAGACUCCAUCCCUGCUUGGAUCAAAUUCUCUGUACAAGCUCCUGGUACAAUUCCAUAUGAUGGAAUAUACUAUGAUCCUCCUGAAGAGGUGAAGUAUGAAUUUCAACAUCCACGACCAAAGAGACCAAAGUCACUGAGAAUAUAUGAAUGCCAUGUUGGAAUGAGUAGUCCAGAGCCUAAAAUAAACACAUAUGCAGAGUUUAGAGACGACGUGCUUCCUCGGAUAAAGAAACUUGGCUACAAUGCUGUCCAGAUAAUGGCCAUUCAAGAGCAUUCUUAUUAUGCUAGCUUUGGCUAUCAUGUUACAAAUUUCUUUGCACCAAGCAGUCGUUGUGGGACUCCUGAAGAUCUUAAAUCUCUGAUUGAUAGAGCUCAUGAACUUGGCUUGGUUGUUCUAAUGGAUAUUGUGCACAGCCAUGCAUCAAACAAUACUUUGGAUGGACUGAACAUGUUUGACGGUACUGAUAGCUGCUACUUCCACUCCGGGUCCCGGGGUUAUCAUUGGAUGUGGGAUUCCCGUCUCUUCAACUAUGGAAAUUGGGAGGUUCUUAGGUAUCUUCUCUCAAAUGCAAGAUGGUGGCUGGAUGAGUACAAGUUUGAUGGAUUCAGAUUUGAUGGUGUGACUUCUAUGAUGUAUACUCACCAUGGAUUGCAGGUAGCAUUCACUGGGAAUUACAGUGAAUAUUUCGGAUAUGCAACUGAUGUUGAUGCUGUGGUGUAUUUGAUGCUCGUCAAUGAUCUCAUUCAUGGCCUCUUCCCAGAUGCAAUAACCAUUGGUGAAGACGUUAGUGGCAUGCCUGCGUUUUGCAUUCCUGUUCGAGAUGGAGGUGUAGGUUUUGACUAUCGGCUUCAUAUGGCAAUUGCUGAUAAAUGGAUUGAGAUUCUCCAGAAAAGAGACGAGGAUUGGAAAAUGGGCGAUAUAGUUCACACACUAACAAAUAGAAGAUGGAUGGAAAAAUGUGUUUCUUAUGCUGAAAGUCACGACCAAGCUCUUGUUGGCGACAAAACUAUAGCUUUCUGGUUGAUGGACAAGGACAUGUAUGACUUCAUGUCUUUGGAUAGACCGUCAACACCAGCAAUAGAUCGUGGAAUAGCAUUGCACAAAAUGAUCCGUCUUAUAACUAUGGGAUUAGGAGGAGAAGGAUAUCUAAACUUCAUGGGAAACGAAUUCGGUCACCCUGAGUGGAUUGAUUUCCCUAGAGAUGACCAACACCUCCCGGAUGGUAAAUUUGUGCCUGGAAAUGGGAGCAGUUACGAUAAGUGCCGGCGCAGAUUUGAUCUGGGUGAUGCAAACUAUCUAAGGUAUCGGGGCAUGCAAGAAUUCGACCAAGCUAUGCAACACCUUGAAGAAAAAUAUGGCUUCAUGACGUCGGAGCACCAAUACAUAUCGCGCAAGGACGAAGGAGACCGGGUGAUUGUCUUUGAAAGGGGCGAACUCGUCUUUGUCUUCAACUUUCACUGGACAAAUAGUUAUUCAGAUUACCGUAUAGGCUGCUCCAAGCCCGGAAAGUAUAAGGUAGUGUUGGACUCAGACAGUGAGUUGUUUGGAGGCUUUGGCAGAAUUCAUCACGCCGCAGAGUUCUUCACACACGAAGGGUAUUACGAUGAUCGUCCCCGGUCCUUUAUGGUGUAUGCGCCGAGUAGAACCGCAGUGGUGUAUGGUCCAGCCGAGGACGAUGUAUCAAGACCGGUUGCCGAAUAGGCACAUCAGAUAGGUAGGGGCCAGCCAUUAUAUGUUCAUGACAGAGCAGUCAUCUAAGCAGCAUUCUGUAAUAUAUUUGUGUUUUUUGACAGAGCUAAACAAGAAGUGUUGUUUCUCACAGAGACACCUUUACAUAUA